CGUGUACAGGAAGCCAAUUGCGAGAUCCAAUUGAAGAAUCCAUUGACAUGCCCAGAUUCCCAAUCAAGCAACACAACGAUCUGUACUCAAUUUUUCCCUCCAACUUCUUUCUUCGCGAGCUUCGUACAAUAACCUUGAUCCUCCAAUUGCAAUUUCCAGAAUAGGAAAUUCAAAAUCUUGAAACUGAGCCAAAAUUAUCAGCUUCUUAUUGGGCUAUUAGGCGGCGAUAACUAAAAAGAAUCUCCGAAAUCUCUGGUGAUUAGCUAAAGCUACAGAAUUUCAUAAAUCUUGAAGGCAUUAAUGCGCUACUUGUGUAUUAGAUGCUGAUAAAUGGAUCAUGAUAGCAAGACGUUUGGAAGAGGGCCUAGAGAUCUUACAGGUGCUGUGGAUCUUAUUAGUCACUACAAGUUGUUACCUCACCAUGAUUUUUUCUGCAAGAAGUCACUUCCUGUGUCAGUUUCAGACACACACUAUCUUCAUAAUGUUGUUGGAGACACAGAAAUCAGAAAAGGGGAUGGGAUGCAAUUAAGUGAGCUCAUUCAGGAUACGUCCUUACCUAGGGAAAGUAAUGUACGCAUACAACCAUUCGACUUGGAUGUUCUCAGGGAAGCCUUUCAACUUCGGGAGACGGCUCAUAUCGAUCUACCUCCAUCUGAGAAGGGUACUCCUACAAUUGCUGGGAAAACUAAAAGUGAGUUUAAAGACAAGGAAAAGAAGCAUAAAAAGCGCAAGGAUAAAGAGAAGGAGAAAGAUAAAGAGCACAAGAAGCACAAACAUCGUCAUAAAGAUCGAAGUGAAGACAAGGACAAGGAGAAGAAGAAAGAUAGAAGUGGCCAUCAUGAUUCUGGUGCCGAGCACUCGAAAAAACAUCAUGAGAAGAAGAGGAAGCAUGAUGGGGAUGAUGAUAUGAAUGAUGUGCAUAAACACAAGAAAAGUAAGCACAAGAGCUCGAAGAUUGACGAGAUGGGUGCAGUGAAGGUAGCAGGCUGAAAAGUUGCACGCAGACUCUUGCUCUUGUUGGCAGACGUUGCACUAGUGAAUUUGAGGGAUCUUUUAUACACUGUUGUCAAAUUAUCCAAGGUACAGAAUCACUUGUUAGUGAAAUCUUCUUUUCUCCCAAUGAGUUUCAUCUUUAUUUUUCUUGUUAAUGAUAUGGGGUUCUAUUUUAGGAGAUAAAUUAGAAGUGUCUACUAGAUUUUUAUGAACUGAGGAAUGUGUUCAUGGAUAUUGGUACAAAAUAAUUCCUCAUCUUUUACUGAAAUAGAAAAGAGGUUGUGAUAACGACCAGUUUCUGUACAAUUGUGUUCUAAGCGCAUAAUUUAUCUACUAAAGGCAUUUUCUUUAUUCUGGAUCUACAGACGCUCCUCUUAAGAUUAUUUUUGUGCACUUCUUUAUCGAUGAUGAAGAAUAACUUAGGUAGGUUGGCAUAACCCUAAUAUGAUUUGUGAAGGUGACUAUUAGGGAAGUUAUGGUUCUAUAUUAGUCUGAUGUGUUGUCCGUUGUUGAUUUUGAUGUGCAUGCACCAACAGCAAAUUCAGUUACUUAUGUGGGUCUUGAUCUCUCUCUCUUGCUGCAUGUGUGUGUGUGGUGUGGGGGGGGGGUGUUGCAGGGUAAUGAGUAAUGAACUAUCGUUUGCUAUCUCACCCAUUGGAAUGUUCUCUUAAUUCUCCAUCAUGGACUGAAUGAUCUUUCAGUAAUAAGUAAUUUGUUGUCAGACUGCAUUAAUCUAUACCCCAAUUUAGCCCAUCACUCUUUUCCAAAUAAAGAAAUUUCAAGUCCAGUGAAAUUUCCCGAGAAAACGUCCGUGCCUCAAACCCUAGAAGAAUGCACCACAUCUUCUCAGUCUCUUUUCCUCGACUUUGCACCCAAAAGUGGAUUGGAAUAAAUUGAGAAAUAGAAGCCAGAGUUUUGCCUAUCCAUUCUUGUCUAGUGUUGUGCAUCAAACAUGGUUUAUAGGCUUAUUCAGACUGUGUUGAGCUUGAGCAUUUUGCAAUCUUUUACUAUGAUUUUCUAUCCACAAGGAGUUUUGGCCUAUACUUGAAACCAAAACUGUUUGAAAUAGACUUCAUUUCCUUUCCAAUGGCAGAUUGUACCCACAAAAUGGAUAUGAAUGGGAAAGUUAUGUCCAUUUGGACCAUAAUAGAGUCAUGUGGCAGGAGACUGUGCAGCUAAGGUUGCAUCAGUAUUGGUGGAUUGGCACCUGGUAUCUUGCCAGAAGUGCAACUUGACCUGCUCGAAAACCUCCUCCUGCAUGUGAAGCUGCACCAUAAGCCAUGGUGCUCUACUUAAAAUUUUCUACCCCUGCUUGAUCCGACAAGGAUUGUAGGCCACGUCUCUCAACACGGACUGUUCCCUCACUUCUGCCAAAAUUACAAUACACGUGUUGAACAUAAUGAAAACACACAAAACAGUUCAAAGUUCAUUUAGUAUAGUUUUCAAUGUAGAGAAUGACCAAGGGAGUGUUGAGUUCAAGAGUUGAAAGCUCGAUUAUGUGUUGUGGUGUUGAACGAUUUUUGAAGAUAUAUUGGAAUCUGUAAUUUCCCUUGUACUUUAGAUAUUAUUUGAAGAAGUUGAAUAGAUGUACAAGGCAAUUCUCUGUUUUCCUUCUGUUCUUUGACAUAUGAUUCUAUGCAGUGUUUCUCUUUUCUACCUUUCACUUCUUCAUCUUUCUUUUGUUUGUGAUACAAUACAAUGGCUCCUCUUGCUUGGUGGUCCCUUGAAUAGGUAUUAGCCUUUCAAUAAGAUGUGCUUUUGUGUUUAUUUAUUGCCCAAUCUUAGAGCAUUGUAAGAGACGUUUUAUUUUGAGCACCUACUACCAUCUUGAUUACUUUUUGUGCAUGAUUACGUGUUUCCUCGGAUAAUUUCUACCAUCCAUUUCUAAUUUUUAUUUUGUUUUCCUCCAUUUGCUUCUUGAUUUUUCGAUGGAAACCAUUGAAAGUUUUGUGGCUACUCCAUUUAUGUAUUAAAACUCUACGUAGCACCAAUUAUGCUAUAUUUAUAUGUGAUUUGGUACUCUUUAAGUUCUCAUUUUGCACCCUUUUAGUUUUUAAAUUACUAUUUUCAGACUUUUGGGUACACGUUAUGUCCCAUUGACAUCUAACCUCUCUAUUCUUCUCGAUUCUUUUACUUUUUGUUUCCAAUUCUUUCAUCAUGAACAGCAUAUCUGGAAAUCUCUUGGGGCUAAUUCCAGUAAUCUUAUGUAUAUUUUAAAUGAAGUUGUGGGGGCUAGACCAACUGUAAUGUUAGGGGAUGGAAAUGUAAUGAACCUAUUAAUAUUUUGAAGGCUAGACCAACUUACUAGUCGAACUGAGAAUGUAAUAAUUAGCUGCUAUUUAAGUUGUUGAAGUGCUGCUCGGCAUUGCCCAAGCCACUUGUUAUGUCC